UAUGCAGAUUAUUUGUUUACACUAUUAGCAUCGCCGAUUGUUGUCCGCUCAUUUUCUAUCAAACUUCUUCGUCUCGUCUUCCUUUGUGUGCUGAAGACAAAUGUGAUGGGGGUAUUCUCUAAUCGGACCGUUCUCCAUGGCUUCAGUUCAAUAAUAUGAAUCCCCCAAAGAGCUGCUUGAGAAUCAACCGUAGAUGCUCCAAGUCCAAGAUCAUGGAAGAUGGAACCAAGACUACACCCACUGUUUACAUCAACUGCAUCGACACAUUACAGUAUUCCUUCGCCAGCCACCUCUCCAUGGAACUCCGCCGGAAAGGUAUUUCUACAAAAUUUGUUAACUCCAAGGGGACUCUCGAUGUGAUAGAGAGAGCUAGCGCUUCAGUGGUUGUUUUCUCCAAGGACUGCUUAUCCUCUGCCUCAUACCUGGACAAGCUCGUGACGGUAGUACAAUGCCAGAGGGAGAAAAAGAUGCUGGUGGUUCCGGUAUUCUAUGGCAUUAGUCCAUCAGAUGUGGUGAUUCUGGAGCACGUGAGCUCGUUCUUAAAGGAGCAGAUUAGAGCACUCCAGGAGAUAAGAGAAUUACUAUUCCACCAGUCCAGGGAGGAAUUGGACGAUUCUGAACUUGUUGAUGAGAUUGUCAAAAGUGUUUAUGAGAAACUCUUUCCCAUGGGAAAAAUUGGAAUCAACACGAGGCUGCUGGAGUUUGAGAACUUGGUUUGCAAGCAACCAUGGGGUAUCCGUCGCAUAGGAAUAUGGGGAAUGCCUGGCAUUGGCAAGACAACGCUUGCUAAGGCAGUUUUUGACCAUAUAUCUGGAAGCUAUGAAGCUUCUUGUUUUAUCAAACAUUUUGACAAAGAUUUCCAUGAGAAGGGACUUCAUUCUUUGUUGGAGGAACAUUUUGGGAAAAUUUUGAAAAAAUUGCCUUGCCUCCCUAGGGACAAGUUUAACAAGAAGAGAACUCUUGUUGUUCUGGAUGAUGUGCAGAGUCCGUCAGUUGCCGAGUCUUUCCUCAGAGGGUUUCCUUGGUUUAGCCCGGGAAGCCUAAUCAUCAUAACUUCAAGAGAUAAACAAGUGUACCGCCAUUGUCAGAUAAAUCAUGUCUAUGAGGUUCGGAGCUUAAACGAGAAGGAAUCUCUGCAGCUAUUCUCUCAGCGUGCAUUUGGAGAAGACAUAAGAGAUCAAGAACUCCUGAAACUGUCAAUGGAAGUGAUAGAUUAUGCUAACGGAAAUCCAUUCGCUCUCAGCUUUUACGGAAAAGAGCUCAAGGGAAAGAAACCGUCAGAAAUGAAGACCACGUUCCUCAAACUCAAGCGGCCCACGCCAGAUAAGAUUCAUGAUUUAUUCAAGAGAAGCUACGAAGAACUUAAUGAUAGCGAGAAGGACAUUUUUCUGGACGUUGCUUGUUUCUUCAAUGGAGAAGAUGUUGACUAUGUUAUGCAGCUGCUUGAGGGAUGUGGUUUUCUUCCACAUGUUGGGAUUGAUGUUCUUGUGGAGAAGUGUCUGGUGACUAUUUCAGACAACAGAGUAAACAUGCAUAAUCUCAUCCAAGACUUUGGCCGAGAAAUCAUCAACGAGAGGCUUAGCAGACUGUGGGAACCUUGGAGCAUCAAAUCUCUACUUGAAGAUGACGAAUUCAAAGAAGAACGUGCACUGGAGACUGAAGACAUAGAAGGAAUAUCUCUGGACAUAUCGAAUUUACUCUUUGAUGUGAAGCCCACUGCUUUUAAUAAUAUGCUAAGCCUUAGAUUACUGAAGAUUUAUUGUUCCAGUUAUGAAAAAGAUAGUGGACUCCGCCUUCCAAAAGGACUUGAGUCUCUUCCUAAUGAGCUAAGACUUCUCCACUGGGAGAACUAUCCUUUGCAAUCCUUACCACAAGACUUCGACCCAUGCCACCUUGUAGAACUCAAUUUGUCUUCCAGUCAGCUUCAGAAACUUUGGGAAGGAACCAAGAAUCUCAAGAUGUUGAAGAUGGUUAAGCUUUGUCAUUCCCAGCAGCUGACUGAGAUAGACGAUAUAUGUAAAGCUCAAAAUAUCGAGAAAAUAGAUCUACAAGGCUGCACAAAGUUGCAGAGGUUUCCAGCCACGGGUCAUUUACAGCAUCUCCGAGUUGUGAACCUUUCAGACUGCAACGAGAUCACAAACUUGCCUGAGCUUUCAUCAAAUAUUGAGGAAUUACAUCUCCAGGGAACUAGCAUAGGAGAGUUACCAGUAUCCAUUCUCUCCCUCUUCAAACAAGCUAAGUUGAACCGAGAGCUUUCCAAUCUUAUAACAAAUUACUCAGGUGUUUCAAGUGACUUAGAAGAUAGCCUGGUCAGACUCAUCGUACCAAAUCCGUGCAAACUUGUUUUCCUGAAUAUGAAAUAUUGUUCUCAUUUGAAGAGACUACCUCAAAUGGUUGAUAUAGAAUCUCUUCAAGUUCUUGAUCUGUCUGGAUGCUCGGAGCUCGAGGUUAUCGGGGGUCUCCCAAGCAACCUGAAGGAGCUAUAUGUUAAUGGCACUUCCAUAGAAGAACUUCCACAGCUUCCCUUGAGUAUAGAAAUUUUGAAUGCACAUGGUUGUGUGUCUCUUAUUUCAAUUCCUUUUGAUUUCAAGCGGCUUCCUAGGUACUACACAUUCAGCAAUUGCUUUGAUCUCUCUCCAGAAGAGGUCAGCGAAUUUGUAGAGAACGCUCUGGAUAAUGUGGAAAGCAUUGCCAGAGAGUGUCAGCAGGAACUCAGCAAAUCACUGGCUUUCAGCUUCACUGUGCCUUCACCUACGAGUACAUAUUUCACAUGUGAUUUGCAACCAGGCUCUUCCGUGAUGAUACAGCUGAAUUCUUCUAGAAGAAGCACGCUAGGAUUUGCUAUUUUUGUCCAAGUUUCGUUUUCAGAGGAUUACCAAGAGGCUAGUGGUUUCGGAAUUAGUUGUGUUUGCAGAUGGAAAGACAAUAAAUGCGUCUCUCAUUGGAUGGAGAAAAGUUUUCAUUGUUGGACUCCAGAGGAAGGUCUUCAGAUGGAUCACACGUUUGUCUUCUGUGAUUUCAAUAUGCAUCCGAGUACUUGUGAAGAAAAUGAUGACCCUAGUAUAUUAGCUGGUCUUCUCGUCUUUGAAUUCUUUACUCUUAACAAGCAGGAGAAGAUUCUAGAUGAGAGUUGUACAGUCAAGAAAUGUGGAGUCCAUGUGUUUACUGCUGCAAGUGAAGAUGCGAGUUCCAACAUAACUCGGCCGAUUACGUCCUCGAAUCACCAGCAUAAGCUUUUUUAUCAGGAAGUUGAGCAAGUGUUGAGGGUCAUCUAUGAUGAUUUAGACGAGAAGAAUAUAAAUGUAUUUCAUUACAUCACAAGUCUGUUCAAUGAUGAGGAUGAUGAUUUAUUGGCAGCGCUUAUAGCUAGCAUUGGUGUGCGGAUUAGUUAUGUUCCCGGGGUCGACUUAGCUAGUAAGUAUCUGCUAAAUAUGUCUCCCCAUGGUAUUUCUAUACUACAUGGUAUACUAGAGAAAAUAAGUAGAGAGAUUACAGAUAAACAAUCCGUCCACAUGGCUUCUUCUUCUUCUUCUUCUUGCAUUUGGAAAUACGAUAUCUUCAUAAGUUUUAGCGAGGAAGAUGACCGCAGUAAUAAAAUCAGCCACCUUCUUCCGAAACUCGAAUGCAAAAUGAAGAGAAGCAAUAAGUCGGUAGGCCCAGAGCUUGUAAAAGAAAUAAGAGAAUCGAAGGGUUUGAUUGUUGUGCUCUCAAAGAACUACGCUUCUUCGACUAGGUGCUUGGAUCAGUUGGUAGAGAUUAUAAAGUCCAAGGAAGAGUUGGCUCAAACGGUGGUGCCAAUCUUCUACGACGUGGUUCCUUCUCAUGUUAGAGAACAGACUGGAGACUUUGGAAGGGUCUUUGAAAACACGUGCAUGGGAAAAUCAGAGGAUGAGAAACAGAAAUGGGUGCAAGCUUUGACUGAUGUAGCUAAUAUCGCACGAGUGGAUGCUCGAAAGAGGUAUAAUGAAGCAAACAUGAAAAAGAAUGUGGGUCACUCGCAGACCCAACGCCGGAGAGAAGUAUGGGCUUGGGGUCUGGGAAAGGCGUAUCAAUUUGCAGGGUCAGUUUUUGAGAAAGAGAGCUUGCCAGCGUUGUUGCUAACUACUGUUUAUAAACCCUGUCAUUCUGCUAGGCCUAUACUUAUCAGACUCCUCUCGGGUUUCUUCAAGAUCAUACGAUCAACAACGGGGCAAAUCCUCGGCGUUGAAUAUAGCCGCGGAGGUGGAGAAGAGAUCGUGUCCGGGACGUCACCUUUACAUGGGUUGCCGGAGGAUAUCAUCGUCAAAAUAAUAUCGUUUACCAGUCCACGUGACGCGUGGAACGUUACUUUGGUUUCGAAAUUUUUUGAAUCUGCCGCCAAGGACGAUAAGGUAUGGGAGAAGUUUCUUCCGCCGGAGUAUUCUUCUCUGAUUCCUCAAUCAAUAAAUUUCUCAUCGAAAGAAGAAGUAUAUUCCUAUCUUUGCGAUCAUUUUUUGAUCGAGGAUGGCAAAAAGAGCUUCUGGUUAGAGAAAGAGAGUGGGAAAAGGUGUUUCAUGCUAUCUGCUAGGGAACUCGCGAUAACAUGGGCAGAUACUCAGGAGAGAAGGCAGAGAGCUUUAAACAAAGAUUCAAUCUCAACAGAUACUAGAAUGUAUUGGGAUUGGAUUUCAAUUCCUGAGGCUAGGUUUAGAAAAGUAGUUGAGCUUCUUUAUGUAUAUUGGUUUGCAAUUCGAGCCAAGACUAGUUCUCGCCUUCUAUCUCCCGGAACUCGUUACUCGGCUUACAUUGUGUUCAUGACGAAUGACGAAAGUGAUGGAUUCCUGAAUAUGCCGGUAGAAGUUGAAUUAAAUUUGGUGGGAAAAGAAUUUUCCAAAAGAUCCAUAUACUUUGUUGUUGAGCCUACGGAUCGAAGGAGAGAGCAAGAAAAAAAUGACGUAGUGAAACCAAAGUGGAGAAAAGAUGGCUGGAUGGAAGCGGAGCUUGGUGAUUUCUUCAAUGAAGAAAGUUGUGAUGAAAUCGAGUUAUAUCUUCAUGAAAUUGAAUCUCUUCAUCGGAAAAGUGGUUUGAUCAUUCAAGGAGUUGAAUUUCGCCCUCAACGGUAAACACGAUUUUGUGCGAUGUAAGAAAUCCUUCGGGCCUACUUUUGUUUGUUUCAGUUUCAUGUCUGAGCAAAGUGUGAAAAACUUUACUAUAUUGUCACAUGUAUUGUAACGUGAUAAAGAAUUUGCUACCCUUGUACACUUUAUUGUAAUGUAUUGCAUUGUUCGUUCGAUGUAAGAAAUGGUAAACUUUAUUGUA